CGUUCUCCAGAACACAGACCCCCAAUCGACGCCAUUAUAUGCAUAGAGCACGCCACGCUCACCCUCUCUGGAAGAAUCCCUUUUUACGAUCUAAAAACCUGUUUUCGGUGGCGUCACCGUAGAAGAUGAUACAGCUGUUGUACACGGUGAUCGCGGCCGAGAUGGCGCUGAUAUUGACUCUCCUCUUCAAGACCCCUUUAAGAAAGCUUGUUAUCAUGGCACUUGAUCGGGUUAAGCGUGGACGGGGUCCAGUCAUGGUCAAGACAGUGGCGGCAACAGUGUUCAUGGUACUGUCGUCGAGCGUCUAUGGUAUGGCCAAGAUCCAGAACAACAAGCUCGAAGCCGGCGCCCUCAACCCAACCGACGAGAUACUAAUGGCGAGGCACAUGCUUGAAUCGUCGCUUAUGGUAUUCUUGUUAUUUCUCUCACUGAUGAUCGAUAGGUUACACCAUUACAUAAGGGAGCUUAGAUUACUCAGGAAGACGAUGGAAGCUGCAAAGAAACAAAACCGAGGCUUUGAGGAUGGGAAAAAUGGAAAUGCAGAGGAGAUCAAGGCCAUGGGAGAGGAGAUUGCUUCAUUGAGGAAGAAAAUUGGAAAACUGGAAUUGGACUGCGAGGCCAAAGGUAAGGAGGCAAAGACAGCACAAGCCGAAGCCGAGGCAUCGAGGAAGCAAUCUGAAAAACUGCUUCUGGAGUAUGAUCACUUGGUAGAGGAUAAUCAGAACCUGCGAAACCAGUUGGAGUCCAUAGACCAAAGUUCAUUGCAAUCUAAUGGAAAGAACAUGUGAAGAUAUAUAUAUAUAUAUAUAUCGAGCAAUUAUCUUUGUAUCGAGGUGAGAAAAUUUUGGAUUUGGGAUGUAGAAAAGAGAAGGUUGGUUUUGGUGGUAGUCAGUGGUCACAAUUGGUACAUCUGAUAUGUAAUGUUAGUGAUAUGAUUGCAGGCAGUUUUGAGUAAAUUGUCAAUAUAAGGUAAAAUGUCUAAUAUAAGGUAAAAUGUGUAAGUUGCAA